AUGGAAGCUAUUUCUCAAACCUGCACAAAGAUCAUCACAAACCGAUCUAUGAGAGCUGAUCAAAACCUCGUUCCAUUCAACGAGAUUCCGACCAACCUGAGCCUUAACUCCGGGAAGGAGAGGCGAGUUGCUGCAGCUAGAUGCGUGGCGUCAGGCUCGGGAUAUGCAGCGGCAUUAGAACCAAUUACACCGGAGGAAGAGGAGGAGCUGACUCAGAGAAGAGGGAUAUGUGGCGGAGAAGGAAACAGAAGAGUAUGGGAGCUCUUGGAAUGCCUAGAGAAGGAAGCUAUAAUGGGGGAUGACGACGGGAGAGACCCUAAAGACUACAACAGAAGAGCAAAGAUUUUUGACAAGAGUUCGAAGAUCUUCAAGAACAUCAAAGAACAGAGUGAACAGUCUCCGGAGUAA